ACUUCAUAGGUACAUUGAUCAUGACUAGCAGAUGACCCCUUUUAAUUUUCAGGUCACUAGGUCAAAGGUCAAGGUCACAGUGACUCGAAAUAGUAAAAUGGUUUCCGGAUGAUAAGUCAAGAAUGCUUACACCUAGGAUCAUGAAACUUCAUAGGUACAUUGAUCAUGACUGGCAGAUGACCCCUAUUGAUUUUCAGGUCACUAGGUCAAAGGUCAAGGUCACAGUGACAAAAAACGUAUUCACACAAUGGCUGCCACUACAACUGACAGCCCAUAUGGGGGGCAUGCAUGUUUUACAAACAGCUCUUGUUAUGAUUUAUGUUUAAGUUCCUGCAAAGAAACACGCGAGAAAACAAUCAUUAGACAAGACGACAUUCGAGUGACAAAACGGAUAUGGAGCCUUUCCAAAUUGUUUUUCUGAUGGCGUUGUCCAUACUAUGCCAUAUUUUGGUUCAAAGCAAAAUACGGUUAGAGGAAAUAAGUGGAAGAUGCGGACGAUCUGGAACAUAUACACUUAACUGCCAUGUACUCCAGAUCUUUAAAAAACAUAUUGAACAAUUAAAGUUGCUGAUUUCGCGAUGUUCGUCCUCAGGGGCUUGGAUUCAACUUAUAGCUUUGCUUCAGAAUUCAACGCGUUGGUUGCAGGAGAAUUUUUCAUGUAUAAUGGAAAUAUUCAUUCGUGAAAUGGACAACAACUCGUGCGAACGUGAUAUCAGCCUUUCAGAUGAAAGAAGAGUGCGUGGUGGUACGUGCUUCAUUUGAAGGGCCUGUUAUUGAUUUGAAUCGGACACGAAGACCACAAAUCAGAAUCUAUAUGGACGAACCUCUGGACCGAGCAAUCUCUGAUGGGCGGGUGAAUGAUGUGCAGGAAACUGUUGAUCCUACAGUUGCUCAAUUGAAAUGUCUGCUUCAAAUGAAAAUCAAGAUGGUAGUUAAAUCAUCUGACAUUCGCCCCAGUGCACCAACCGAUUAUUUGAGAGAUUCCAGAGACGACACCACUAAAAAAACGCUCCAUUAUGUUGAUGACAUCAGCAGCACCCUACCGUUAGCCAAUAUCGUAGAAUCCGAUAUUGAACAAACAGACCAUGAGGAGAAUAAGGACUUAAUGCAGCCGGCUUUACCUUUAGAACCAAUACAAGCGAUCGAUCCUUUACGAUCUGAAAACGAAUCGACACUGGAAUCAAUCGGUGUUGAGUUGUCUGCUACCGCUGUGGUGUCGGAUGUUGACCUUGCAACAACCGGAGCGGCACCAAGAACAGACACGAAUGACGUGAUGAUGACGAGAGGGCAAGAAAAUAAAGCAAACGACAUGACAUCAGAAAACCAUUUAGACAUGGCAGAGACAAAUGAGCUGUCAAUGGAAGAAUCGACAAGGACAAGCAGAAGAGGGGUGCCCUCUGGAGUAAACUGGCGGAUCCAACAGCCAGUGAAUACUGUUGAUGUUGAUGAAAACAUCCAACUAAAAACUCGAAGCGACACUCACAUCGCCAAAAAAGAAAACGAGGGCUCCGACCCGAGUGUCAAGAACUUGAACGUGAAGAUUUAUCACGAUACUGCUGAGAACGAUGAAGGAUGAAUACGACAUCCUUAUACAAGUACAUUGAAAAAAUAUAUGAACGGGCCGAUUAUAUCUCACUGAGUUAUCGUUAUAGGUUGGGUGUUGUAUACUGCUUUAGUUAAUGUUAUUGUUAAAUUAAUUAAGUAAAGACGACUAAAUUGUGUUUCGUUUUGUUCUUUUUAUAAUUAUUACAAUAUUGAACCAUUAUAAUGCUUGAUGAUUAUGAUGGUCGUAAUAUUCUAAUAUUAUUAUGUAUGGUUGUUUUAUAAUUCGCUUGCUAUAGUUGUGUGUACAAACUAUUUAGCUGUAGAUUUUGCGACUUUUCUUUUUCUUAUUUGAUUUUCGCUCAACACGUUGAAAAGAUGUGUGUUUUCAUGCGUUUACAAAAAUUAUAUACAUGUAGUUUUAUUUUUUUCGUUAUGUUUGUUUAACUUUGAAAAACAUCCUUACACUUACUUUGUUUUUAUGUUCGUU